AUGCAUCUCAUACCAAAGGAGCUCGAUAAGCUCACCAUCUCUCAAUUGGGCUUCCUGGCUCAGCGUCGUCUUGCCCGGGGCGUCAAGUUGAACCACGCAGAAGCAACGGCUCUCAUCGCAAACAACUUGCAAGAACUCAUUCGCGAUGGCAACCACACCGUGGCCGACUUAAUGAGCCUAGGCGCUACGAUGCUCGGCAGGCGUCACGUCUUGCCCGCAGUAUGUAGUACUCUUCAUGAGAUCCAAGUUGAGGGCACCUUUCCCUCUGGAACCUACCUGGUAACGGUCCACAACCCCAUCUCUUCGGACGAUGGAGACUUGGCACGCGCCUUAUACGGAAGCUUCCUCCCAGUGCCGAGUAACGAUAUCUUCUCACUGCCCGAGGUGGCAGUGUAUGAGCACAAGAAGCAGCCCGGCGCAGUGGUGGUUGCCUCGCGCCAAAUCACACUCAGCCAAGGUCGGAACAGAAUCAGACUCAAGGUGACAAGUAGGGGUGACCGUCCCAUUCAGGUUGGCUCACACUACCACUUCAUCGAGACGAACCCACAGCUAGAGUUCGACCGCGGGAAGGCGUAUGGUUACCGUCUGGACAUUCCCGCCGGCACCUCAGUGCGAUUCGAGCCCGGUGAUGUUAAGACCGUCACCCUAGUUGAGAUUGGAGGAAACAAGGUCAUCCGCGGCGGCAACAGGCUGGCCACAGGUGGCGUCGAGCGCUGGCGCGAACAAGAGAUUGUUGAAAAACUACAGCUGGCAGGGUUCGCCCACGCCCCGGAACCAGAAGCUAUCAUGAACUUCACCGAGCUGUUCCAGAUGGAGCGAUCCGCCUACGCAACCAUGUUCGGCCCCACGACGGACGACCUGGUCCGGCUCGGUAGCACUGAUCUCUGGAUCCGCGUGGAAAAGGACUUCACCGUGUACGGUGACGAGUGCAAGUUCGGCGGCGGAAAGACUCUGAGAGAGGGCAUGGGCCAGGCUACAGGCCGACCAGACUCGGAGUCGCUCGAUAUGGUUGUCACGAACGCUCUCAUCGUUGACUGGUCAGGUAUUUACAAGGCCGAUAUUGGCGUCAAGAACGGCAUGAUCACGGCUAUCGGGAAGGCGGGCAACCCGGACGUGAUGGACGGCGUGACGCCCAACAUGAUCGUGGGCAGCUGUACGGACGUCGUUGCCGGCGAAGGCAAGAUCAUCACAGCCGGCGGAGUCGAUACUCACAUCCACUUCAUCUGCCCUCAGCAGGCAAACGAGGCGGUCGCCUCUGGCAUCACCACUAUGCUCGGCGGCGGAACUGGACCUAGUGCCGGCACGAACGCGACGACAUGUACACCAGGCAAGAACUACAUGCGAGACAUGCUUCGGGCCUGCGAUUCACUACCUCUCAAUAUCGGUAUCACCGGAAAAGGCAACGACUCGGCACCCGAAGCCUUGCGUGACCAGGUCAACGCCGGCGCAUGCGGACUCAAACUCCACGAGGACUGGGGUACUACACCGGCGGCCAUCGACACAUGUCUCAGCGUCUGUGACGAGCUUGAUGUGCAGUGUCUCAUCCACACCGACACGCUCAACGAGUCGGGCUUCGUCGAGUCCACCAUCAACGCCUUCGCCGGCCGCACCAUCCACACGUACCACACCGAGGGUGCCGGUGGCGGCCACGCACCGGACAUUAUAUCCGUCGUCGAGCACCCCAACGUGCUGCCGUCGUCGACGAACCCGACGCGGCCGUACACGCGCAACACGCUCGACGAGCAUCUGGACAUGCUCAUGGUCUGCCACCACCUGAGCAAGAACAUCCCCGAGGACGUUGCCUUCGCGGAAUCCCGCAUCCGCGCCGAGACCAUUGCCGCAGAGGACGUGCUCCAUGAUCUCGGUGCCAUCAGCAUGAUGUCGUCCGACUCGCAGGCUAUGGGCCGUUGUGGCGAGGUUGUCCUGCGCACGUGGAAUACGGCUCACAAGAACAAGGUCCAGCGUGGCUUCCUGCCCGAGGACGAGGGCACUGGUGCCGAUAACUUCCGCGUCAAACGGUACGUGUCCAAGUACACCAUCAACCCGGCCGUCGCGCAGGGCUUCGGGCAUCUGGUCGGCAGUAUUGAGGUCGGUAAGCUCGCGGACCUGGUCGUCUGGGACCCCGCUUGGUUCGGCACCAAGCCGAGUCUGGUCAUUAAGAGCGGCCUCAUCGCCUCGGCGCAAAUGGGUGACCCCAAUGCGUCCAUCCCGACGGUGCAGCCCAUCAUCGCGCGGCCCAUGUUCGCGCCGCUGGUCCCAUCGUCAUCCGUUCUCUUCGUCUCAGCUUCCUCCAUCAGCUCCGGCGCCAUCGCGUCGUAUGGCCUUAAGAAGCGCGUCGAGGCUGUCAAGAACUGCCGCAACGUGGGCAAGAAAGACAUGCGCUACAACGACAGUAUGCCCAAGAUGCGCGUCGACCCGGAAAGCUACGAAGUAGAGGCCGACGGUGAGGUCUGCCGCGCUGAACCUGCCGAGGAGUUGCCUCUGACGCAGGCCUUCUACGUGUAUUAG